GCUGUCAGACGCACUUGUAUUAGCGGGCAGUCAACUGUCACCGCUCGCAACGGCCACAGACCGGCGCACUGCCCUGCGCUCCUCUACCGCGCGCACCGCUCAUGAAUGAACCGCACAGAAAGCUAGACACCUGGGCGAAGCCAAGCAGUGAUACCAUCUGACAGAUUGUUUUAAUGCCAGUAUUAUAUAUGUGGAGGAGACAAAAAAGUUUAAAUAGGAGCGCAGACGCCUGGAGUCACCUACAAGGAAGGACAGCACCAGGAUUUCUCUGACCGACAGCAUCUGUUUGUUUCACUGAGGCAGCAGUUUCUAAAAUCUACUGAAAUAUUUGCAUGUGAGAGGAAAAUAUGAAGGUAGUGGGCUUCCUGUGGAUCCUUAGGGUUCUCCUGGUGCGCAGGGCGGCGGCGGCAGACACUGAGCCAGUCUCAGACGCAUCGCACAGUCCUGGAAAAAGCAUGACAGAGGGACAGAGCCAGGCAGUGAGCCAGGGUCAAUACAAAUGUCUUGAGCUGUCCAACAAAGACCACCCAGAAAACAGAACCGGUACAUUUUGUGGACUUAUGUGGGAUGGCUUGUUGUGCUGGCAUGAGACACCAGCUGGGACAUCUGUAACACAAAACUGUCCAGAUCAUCCUGACCUGGUCUCAUCUGAAAAGGUGACCAAAUAUUGCAAUGAAUUGGGUAACUGGGUCCAGACUGGGUCCAUCUGUCAACCAGAUGCAACAGAGAAACUGGAGAAAGAAGCCCACCAUUUUUUAUGGGAUAAUGCGGAAGAGCCAACAACAAAGGCCACAGAAGUUAAUACAGAAAACGCCGGUGUUCUGGAAAAAAUGAUCUCUGAGAAUGAAAAGAAAUGCUUAGAAAAAAUGAAGCGGAAUCCACCUUAUAAUAACUCAGGACUGCACUGCAGUCGUAACUGGGAUGGCUGGCUGUGCUGGGAUGAUACACCAGCGGGGACAUACAUUUCCCAAAAUUGCCCUGAUUAUUUUUCUGACUGGGACCCUACGGAAAAGGCAACUAAGUACUGUGGAGAGGAUGGGCAGUGGUUUCAUCAACCAGAGUCCAGUCGUACUUGGACCAACUAUACACUCUGUGUAACCACCCGUGAGAAGAAACAGAGGGCAGGUGCCCAGGUCUCAGGGAACACUGAGGUAGAGUCUGCUGAUGAGGCCACGGUCAGCCCCAUGGUUAACCCCAAAGAGCAGGAAAUCAUGCGAAACAAAAUUUUGGACAAUCAGUACAAAUGCUUUGAGAAAAUGAAUCGAGAUCCACCUAAUAACAAAUCAGGGCUGUACUGCAAUCGUAAUUGGGAUGGCUGGCUGUGCUGGGACGAUACUCUGGCAGGAACUUACACCUCUCAAAACUGCCCCAAUUAUUUUGUUGACUUUGACCCCACAGAAAAGGCCACCAAGUAUUGUGGAGAGGAUGGCCAGUGGUUUCGCCACCCAGAUACCAACAGGACUUGGUCCAACUACACACUCUGCAAUGAAAACACUAAGGCAAAGUUGAAGUCAGCAUACAUCCUGUUUUACAUGGCGAUCGUGGGGCAUGCAUUAUCUAUAGCCUCCCUGCUCAUCUCUCUGGCCAUCUUCUUCUACUUCAGGAGUUUGAGCUGCCAAAGGAUCACACUCCACAAAAACCUUUUCUGCUCCUAUGUGCUCAAUUCUGCCCUCACCAUCAUCUACCUCAUAGCGGUAGUCAAUAACCCCGAAGUGGUGGCCAGAAAUCCGGUCGGUUGUAAGGUGUUGCACUUCUUCCACAUGUACAUGCUGGGCUGCAAUUAUUUCUGGAUGCUAUGUGAAGGCAUCUACCUUCACACGCUCAUUGUGGUGGCUGUAUUUGCAGAGGAGCAGCAUCUGCACUGGUACUACCUCCUUGGCUGGGGCUUUCCUCUAGUGCCUGCAUCCAUCCACGCCAUGGCAAGGAAAAAGUAUUUUGAUGACAACUGUUGGAUGAGUGUGGAAACCCAUCUGCUCUAUGCUGUUCAUGGUCCCAUAGUGGCAGCCCUUCUUGUGAACCUCUUCUUCUUAUUAAAUAUCAUAAGAGUUUUGGUGACCAAGUUGAGAGACACACACCAGGCUGAGUCCAACAUGUACAUGAAAGCAGUGAGAGCCACCCUCAUCCUGGUGCCCCUGCUGGGAAUACAAUUUGUCAUUUUUCCCUGGAGGCCAGAGAAUCGGCUGGCUGGGGAGGUCUACGAGUACAUCAUGCACAUACUCAUGCACUACCAGGGUUUACUGGUGGCAACAAUAUUCUGCUUCUUCAAUGGGGAGGUGCAGGCAGCCCUAAAGAGACAGUGGAUGCAAUAUAAGACCCAGUGGGGUCAGAGACGAAAGGACCACUGUUCAAUGCGCUCCACAUCCUACACAGCUACCUCCAUCUCCGAGGUACCCGUCUUCAUGUACCACCACGACUGUAACAGCGAACACUUGAACGGGCGCCACACGGAAGACUCUGAACUGGUGGCGCUAAGAUCAGGAGAGGCAUACGCAUGAGGACAAAGGGUGUAGCUGUGGGAACAGCCAAGGAAAAGCAGCAGCUACGUAGAGUAAGAAUGAAUAAUAAACUCGCUUUGCCUACCAUAUCUCAGUGAAUAAAUCCCAGAGGUUAAUGCUGGUUUGUUCAGCCCAGGACAAUAAUGUGGGUCUCAAAAUAAAGAGCGCUGUCACAGACACAGAUGGAUUUGCUACAAGGCUGACACUUCAUGUUACUUUACAUUGCUAUUACUGUUGUGUUUUAAAAACUGUGAUGUCUAGAACUCAUGGCGCGAGGCAAGAGCUGCUUUUGACAUGUGUCACUUCCUAAAGCUGCUAAAUUGUGUGAGUACGUGCUGAGGGAGGGAGGGAAGCUUGUGCUGGUGUGGAAGCAGAAAUAACUGUGACAGUGACAACAGCAAGGGCUGCGAUGUUUUCUCUUCAAGAUGAUGAUGAUGUCUGUUAUGACUGACAUGAUAUAGAGGUGAACAAUUAUUAUGGUGGUGUGACGGUGAUCAAGGUGAAGCAGAGUCCUCCCUAAGCUCACCUACAGCAAAGGGAUGUUGGUCACAGCUAUGAAGGGGCACACUUUGUCCAGCUGAGCACAGAUGUGGUUCCCUAAAACAAAGUCACACACACUUCCACACAAACACACAUAUGCACACAUCAACCAAUGCCCCGAACAAGAUUAUAUGUGCCAUGAUAGAUUUCAAAAUUUUAAAAGACCUUAAACCUCUAGAAUUGUGUACAUAAUGUCUGUUCACUAUGUUUAAUCUGAAAAAAAAAGUGUUUAAAUAUUUAAGAAGGACAUUAUUUUUGUUUUUUAUUAAUAUUUUAUUCUUGCCAGUUGUCAAGUGUUUGUCCUGUGAUGCUGCACUCCCAACCACUUUGUUGUUUUACUGUUACUGUAUUUUGCCAAUGCUGAACAUCAGUGGAGCCGAGAAGCAAACAGAAGCUAAAUGCACACAAAAUUAUGUGAAUAAAAAACUUUAUUUUGAG